UGAAGGCUAUAUUCGAGGGUACAUUCACGCUUCAAGAGAUAAGUAUCAGUUUUGUGUUUGAUUAAUAUCUUGAUUAUGUGUUGUCUAUAUUGCAUGCAAGUUCGAUCCUGACUAUUUGUUUCCGCUGCGUAUGCCUGUAUUCCAUCAUAAACACCCUUUUCACAGUGUUGAAUGUUAUGAAGAUCAUACAAAGAUUAUGCCAUGAAAAGAGCUGCAAAAUGCCAGAGUUUCAAGCUUUUCUUAAUGAUCUCCCUGAUAACGACUUCAACACUAUUUUCAAAUCGAUUCCAUCGUUCUAUCAGAGUCUCAAAGAUGGAGCAAAUUGUUUCGUAUCAGGCGCUCCAGGUCCCUUUGAUGAGCGGAUAUUUCCUAACAAAAGCUUCUUGUAUGAGUUUUACAUAUGUGUUAGUUUUGUUUAUAGUAUUAUAUUUCCCUGUGCUUCUCAGAAAAUACUUUAAGCAUUGGUAAUCUAUAAAAUCUUAUUGCAUCAUUUGCAUUCUAUAUUUAGUACUACUUUAAUAAAUGGAUAUUCUUCAGAUAGUGCUAUCGUUAAAAUCCAGUUUAAAUAGUUUCAAAAUUCAUGCAUCAUCAAUAAUCAUAAUAAAAACUAAAGGAAAUGAUAAUAGAACGAACACGGGACUUGCAUAAUGAUAAUAAUAAAAUACAAAAAACCAAAAAAAAAAAAAGAUAAUAAUAAAAUACUAAUGUUAUUUGGUGUAGUUUUUUCUCUCUAGCUUUCUUUGCCAGAUAUUUUGGACCGUGUGCUCUUCCCAAAUAAAAACCUCUUCUUUCACAUGGUUAAAAAUGGGAUGCACCCUAUGAAUGAUUGAUAAACGUGUAUUUACAAAAAGAUAUGUAAUAUAUUGUUAUAUAUACUAUGUGAUGUAUCACCUACAAAGACAAACAGAACAUUAGUAAUUUUUUGUCAUUCGGCUAACUUAUUUAUAUCUCAGGCAAUGGGACAGCAAAAAAAUAGGGGUGUGGCAGAAGUAAUGGCAAGGGGAAAACUUCUACAUAUGAAAGCAGGAAAUGGAGAAUGCAGUUAUGCCAGCAGCUCCACUCUUCAGAGAAAGGUAAUACUAAAGGCCAAACCUGUUUUAGAGGAUGCCAUCAAGAAGAUGGUCAAUAGUGGUGAGUUUCCCAAGUGUUUUAAUAUGGCAGACUUGGGUUGCUCUUCAGGGCCAAACACCCUUUUCACAGUGUCGAAUGUUAUGAAGAUCAUACAAAGAUUAUGCCAUGAAAAGAGCUGCAAAAUGCCAGAGUUUCAAGCUUUUCUUAAUGAUCUCCCUGAUAAUGACUUCAACACUAUUUUCAAAUCGAUUCCAUCGUUCUAUCAGAGUCUCAAAGGUGGAGCAAAUUGUUUCGUAUCAGGCGUUCCAGGUUCCUUUUAUGAGCGGAUAUUUCCUACUAAAAGCUUGCACUUAGUUCACUCAUCUUACAGUCUUCAUUGGCUCUCUCAGGCUCCAGAAAAGAUCGAGAACAACAACAGCAUAUACAUAACAAGGACAAGUCCUCCUCAAGUAUUUGAAGCCUACUUGAAGCAAUUUGAGAAGGAUUUCUCAAGGUUUCUGCAAUUACUCUCCGAGGAAAUAGUAACUGGUGGACACAUGCUUAUAACAUUUAUGGGAAGGAGCAUUCGUGAUCCCUAUGGACAUCACUGUGCCUAUUUGGAUCUUCUAUCAAAGUCACUCAUUGAAUUAGUACAAGAGGGACUUAUUGAACAGGCAGAACUAGACUCCUUUAAUUGGCCUUCUUAUGCACCAUACAAGGAUGAAGUUGAAACGAUUGUUCAUUUGGAAGGUUCAUUUGAUAUUGAUACCCUAGAGUUUUUCCAAGUGAACUGGGAUGAUCGGGCCAACGACGAUGACAUUUAUUUUGAUGCCUACAGCAGUGGUAAACAUGUAGCAAGAACCAUUAGAGCUGUUGCAGAACAAAUGCUCGUUAGCCAUUUCCAAUUUGGAGAGUCCAUUGUUGACUAUUUGUUUGAGAGAUAUGCCUACCAUGUGGCUUGUCAUUUGUUGGUUCAAAAAGGUAAAUUCUUCAACAUUGUCAUAUCUUUGAGAAAGAAAUGACAAAAGACAAAAGGAUGCUGCAGAUCCAAGUACCACACUAGUGAAUUCUGGCUUAUUAAGCUGUUAAAGUUAUUUAUUUUAUGUUAAUCUCAUGAUUUAUCUGUGCUCAGAUCUUUAGCCUCAUGAUUUAUCUGUACUCGGAUCUCCUAAAUGGAAGAUACAUGCUAUGGAAGUGGUUGUAGUUUACUA